AUUAUUCCCCGCGAAAGUUUAUCAUUUGUCGUCUGGUCUGUUGGAGUGUUGUUGAUUCGCUUAAGAGAUUAACCACAGCGACGUUUCAACCGUUUUUAUUCCUCAAUUCGGAGAAGGUGAUUGGAUACUCUGAGGGGUGGAAUCAUCUCGAGAAUUCAUUCGAUUGAUCGAUGAAUCCUAGAAGGGAGCCUCGGGGUGGAAGAGGUGCGCUCUUUGAUGGCAUUGAAGAGGGAGGAAUCAGAGCUGCUUCUUCUUCUUCUUACACCUCUCAUGAAAUCAAUGAGCACGAGAAUGAGCGUGCUUUGGAAGGGUUGCAAGACAGAGUCAUUCUCUUGAAACGACUUUCUGGUGAUAUAAACGAAGAGGUAGAUGCUCAUAACCGUGUGCUUGACAGAAUGGGUAAUGAUAUGGAUUCGUCAAGGGGAAUUCUUUCAGGAACCAUGGACCGGUUUAAAACGGUGUUUGAGACAAAAUCAAGCCGAAGAAUGCUGACACUCGUAGCAUCGUUCGUCGGCUUAUUUCUAGUCAUUUACUAUCUUACUCGUUAGAUUUGGCAAACCUACUCUGAACAUCUAUCCAUUGGCCUUAUGAUAUUUUCAGUGUCUAUGUUGGCUCUUGCAUGUGUAAUGAAUGAUAUAUGCCCCUAGUGUUAUAGUAUGAUCCAGUGCCUCUUUACUCCAA